AUCCCACCUCCCUUUAUUAUUUCAAAUUGCAAUUAACUAAUCUUCUCUUCUCUUCUCUUCUCUUCUCUUCACCAUGGACCGCACUGACCGCGACCGUCUCCACCCUCGCCAAAUCCAAGUCCACUCCGACCAGCAGCCCCACCGCUACGACGCCGGCGCCAAGAGCCUCCUCCCGAAGAACGGCCCCUCGACGGGGCAAGUCCUCGCCAUCCUCACACUCCUCCCCGUCGGCGGCAGCCUCCUCGGCCUCGCGGGGAUUACGCUCGUCGGGAGCCUCCUCGGCCUGGCCGUCGCCACCCCUCUCUUCGUCAUCUUCAGCCCCAUCCUCCUCCCCGCCGCCAUCCUCAUCGCCGGCACCGUCGCCGCCUUCCUCACCUCGGGCGCGUUCGGCCUCACCGGCCUCUCGUCGCUGUCGUGGGUGUUCCGCCAGGCCACGGGGCAGGAGCCCCUCGACUACGCGAAGAGGCGCGUGCAGGAGGGGACGAUGUAUGUCGGGGAGAAGACGAAGCAGGUUGGCGAUACGAUCAAGAGUAAGGCGCAGGAAGGCGAAGGCGGCGCCCAAGCUGGCGCGGUUGGCGGCGCCACCAAGACUUGA